CCACACAUACGUUUCAAUACACUUAUCAAAGCAAGAUGGCGAGCACGGUCUGUUGUUCCGCUUUCUCUCCGGACGGUCAAUAUUACGCGUAUUGCGGUAAUGACGGCAAGUUGAAGAUUUGGGAGACCGCAAACGGCCGAUUAAAGCACGAGUAUAUACCUAAUCAACAUUUAUCGUCGCCGUGCAGCGUUGUAGGAUGGAUCUUCGUGAGCCAGCAAUCGGCGGGCAACGCAUCGCCAACGUCGAGGAAGAGACGCAAAAGAAAGUCAAUUUCGGAGGAGAUCGAGCACAAGCCUGUGGUGGCGAUGGGUUCGGUUAGCGGUAAAGUCACAUUGUACGACAUAGCGGCCGCUCACGUCAGCGUUGUAUUGGAGAACGGUCAUUCGUCCACAAUCACGGCGAUGGCCUGGUCAACAUGCAGCGGACUGAUAACUGCGGCCGACGAUUGUCACAUUGUGGAAUGGAAUCUACAAGAGAACGGGAUCAAGUGUAAAUGGAAAUCGGGCAAGGCGAAAGUCACAGCCCUGGCAAUUCCGGCUAAUGGAAAGUCUCUACUGUCCGCGGAGAGGAUAAUCAAAUGGUGGAGCUUGACGACGAAGCAAUUGAUUCGCACAUUUACCGGACAUGCCAAUCACAUCACCUUUCUUCACACUGUAAAAGUAGACGAUUCAACUAGUUACCUAAUCAGCGCUGCUCGUGCAGAUGGCAUCUCUGUAUGGUCGUUAGACAAACAUAAAAAUGACAAAGCAUCAAUGGCAACAUUAGCCAUGCAAGAUGAAGCUACAUCUGUUUCUACAGUUGUUGUGCAAGAAUCGCAACAAGUUGUAUUGGCUACUACUCGGUCGGGUCAAGCGCAACUGUUCAAGUAUCAACCAAAUGGCCAUACAAAGCCAUUAAAACCAUCUCUAAACAUUGCGGUUGCAGCAGAUGCCAAUCAGAAGGAGACUGUUCAACAGAUUCCUAUUUUAGCAGGCCAUCUAACUGAGGAUGAAAAAGUGUUGUUGAUGUAUGGUAGUUACUUGAACUUGACAUUUGAAAAAGUUACGCCCGACUUUUCAGACAAAGUGCAAUGUUUGGUCAGAUCGGAAAAGUUGGAUACAAAAAAAUCUAAAGAAAGAAAAGAAGAAACAAUUUCUAAAGUAAAAUCUACUUCAAUAGAAGAAGGUGUUAAAUAUCUUGCACCAGGAAUAGGAGUCCCGACAUCGAAAAGAAAUAGAACUAGUUCAGGCUCUCAAUUACUCUUAAAAGAUAGAUUGGAAAAUCUUAGUUUGAAUGCAGAUGCGAACACACCAGGAAGGAUACCGACGAAAGGAGCUAAUAUGACACAAUUACUGAUGCAAGCAUUGAACAGCAAAGAUAAAACUAUUUUGACUACGGUGUUGUUCACAAAAAACGAAACUGUAAUUCGUAAUACUAUCGCUAAAUUACCAGUACAAGCAAUAACGCCAUUACUCAAGGAGCUAACCAUUAUGCUGCAAGGCAAAACAUAUGUGAGUAAGAUAGCGGUGAUGUGGUUGCAAGCUUUAAUCACAACUCACGCGGCGCACUUGAUGUCGCGACCAGAUAUUACGGAGGCCCUCAGCCCUAUUUUAAGUUUUAUUGACGCAAAGUUAAUGCUUUUGACGGCUGUACAAAGAUUAAGAGGCAGAGUUUCCCUCAUAACGGGACAAAUAUCUCAAGCUAAUGAGGAACACAAUAAGGACAUAAUGGAGGAGAGCUUGCUCGUUUAUCAAGAUCCAGAUUCGUCAGAUGAAGGUGCUGACAAAGACGAUGUUGAUUUGAGCAGCGAAUCCGACGACAAUUGGGAAGAAAUGUCAGAUCAAGAUGUUCAAGAUGAACAGGAUGAAGAAGAUAUCAAGAGCAUUAAGUCCGAGAGUGAUGAUAUGGAUGACAAUGAGUCUAUGCAUAGCUGAAUUCAAUUCAAUGUUGGUUAAUAACAGAAUAACUUAUCUAAUCAUUAAUUCAUUAAAGGCCGCAAACAUAAAACUUAUUUCAAAUGAUUUUUAAUUUGCUACAGUAUUCAAGACAGAAUUCACUUGUGAUCUUCUCUGUAUUGUGCAUAUCUUAAUUUA